AUGCUGGAGCGGGCUCGACGAACGGAUACUACAGCAACGGAGACUGAACAAGGACUUUUCUACCCGCGAGAUUCCGGAUUUGAUGGUCCUCCUCCACCAUAUGACCAAGUACACAACGACGAUGAACUUCCGCCAUCGUAUGAAACUCUUGGUUACGGAAAC